CAGGACUCCAGCACCAGCCCUCCGCCCGCGGAGGCGGGCGCAGCGAGGGUGCAGGGCCGACCCCCAGCCGCGCUGGAGGUGUUCGGCCUGCCCCUCAGCAGCCCAGGGGCCGAGGAGGCUGCGGGGGUGCGCCCGGCCGCGAGCGCCCGCACGAGAGAGCUCGGGCCGGGGCCCGCCGCGGCGCCGGCGGGGCCCGCGCCUGCGACGGCCGCGCCACAGAAGCCGCCGGCAGGAGGGGUCCGUGUGCUCCCGCUGGCGCUGGAGGCAGAAGGGGCCGCGCCGCCGCGGCUGCUGAACGCUUUCGGGGCCCCAGCGAAAGCUGCCCCGCCGUCGCCGCUGACGCCAGGCGCCCCCCAGGCCAGCGGCCGCGGCCAUGGGGGCGCUCCUCUCGCCGACCAGCCUGCCAGCUCGUCCUGCACGCCGCGCGCAGGCCGCAGCAUCUCCGGCGUGCACGCCCACGAGGAGUUAUUCGGGGGCGCUGGCGCGGGCGGUGUGGCAGCGGCCGCGAAGCCCUCGGCCCCGAAGCCCGCUGGCGCUCUGCUCGGCUACUUCCCAUCUGCCCGCAUGGGCACGGACGUUAAGCUCAAGGGCCCUUCCGGCAGGUCUUCGCUGCCGCCUGUGCCGUGCCAGGUCAAGGGCAGCGUGCACGUCAGCUCCUCGUGCGCCAGUCCUCCGCACGCCAGCCGCGGGACCGACCGCGAGCCCGAGAGCGAGCCCGGCUCGCCAGCGCCUGGCGGCAAGGCCCCUGCGCCAUCCAGGGCUAAGGCGCCAACAAGACCCUCUGCCAAGGCGCAGGCAAGCAGCAGGGAUAGUGAGCCUGACGUGGCUGCCGAAGGCUUGGCAGAUGGCGGCGCGACACCCCCAGGUGGCACCGGAGCCAGCAUCGAGGGCGGUGGCGAGCACCCCGGCGGCGAAGGGGCUGCCGUGGCGAGCGAGGCGCCCCCGCCCAAAGCGGCUGGCAAGAGCAAGGGAAAGGGCCCGCCACCCCCAGGCCCGCCAGGUGGGCCACCCUUGGCGGCGCCAGCCGCGGGCAAGGGCGGCAAGGGCAAAGGGCCACCAGCUCCGCCAAAGGCGUCAUCAAAAGCCUCUGCCAAGGGGCAGCCCAGCAGCAGGGAGAGCGAGCCCACGGCCGGCGAAGGCGCGGCAGACGGCGGCACGGCCUCCCCCAGCGGCACCGGAGACAGCAUCGAGGGCGGUGGCGAGCCCCCAGGCAUCGAAGGGGCUGCCGUGGCGAGCGAGGCGCCGCCGCCCAAGGCGGCCAGCAAGGGCAAGGGGAAGGGCCCGCCGCAGCCCGUAGCAGGCGGCAAAGCCAGCGGCAAGAGCAAGGGCCCGCCGCCCCCGGGCAGCACGCCGCCGCCGAGCGGCCCGCCGGGCGGCAAAGCCAGCGGCAAGAGCAAGGGCCCGCCCCCCCCGGGCAGCGCGCCGCCGCUGAGCGACCCACCUGAGGCGGAGCCAGCCGCGGGCAAGGGCGGCAAGGGCAAGGGGCCAGGUGGGCCAUCUGGCGGCAAGGCGCCUCCGCUAGCCAAGGCCAAGGCAUGGUCGAAGGCCUCCGCCAAGGCGCGGCCCAGCAGCAAGGAGGGCCCCGAGGCCAGAGCCGCGGGAGCAGCGCCGUUUGGGCGCAGGAUCCACCUCGCGGGGGCGAAGUACGAUGAGCCCGAGGGACACAGCGUGUUCAACGACCUCGACGAGGACGUCGGGCUGGACACCGAUAUGAUAACGGGCAUGUUCAGCAACGCGGCGGGGAAGGGCGUGAAGGCCGCGCAGCCCGCAUCGAAGAAGAAGGAGGGCAUAAAGGUGCUCGACCUGAACCGGGCCCAGAGCAUCGCCAUCAUGCUCAGCCGGCUGCCGGUGCCGCCCGAGGAGCUCUGCGAGCAGCUGCAGAGGCACGAGCUCGCCGACCCUCGCAUGGACCCCGACUCCAUCGAGAUACUGAUGGAGCAGUUGCCGAACAAGGAGGAGGCCGAGAAGCUCCUGAAGCACGAGGCCGAGGUGGAGGAGCUGCGCGACGUGGAGCAGAAGAUCUUCCCCUUCGUGCGUCUGCCCAGGUGUGUCCCCCUGCUCCGGCUCAUGAAGCUGGGGAAGACGCAUUCGGCGACGGCGUCGAAGCUGCUCCAGCGGUGCGAGGUGCUGAGGGCGGCCAGCGAGGAGGUACGCAGCAGCAGGCCGCUGCGGUUCGUCUUCCGCGCGAUGCUGAAGCUCAUCAACUACAUCAACCACGGCACCAAAGACAUCGGCAAAGGCACCAUGCGCAGCUUCCCCAUCGAGUCUCUCAACGCCCUGGCGACGUUCAAGGUCGGGCAGGCCUCGGGGCUGCAGAUCCUGGCCUUCACGACGCGCAAGAACGCGAGCUCCAAGUUCCUGCAGAGCCUCAAGCAGAGCCUGAGCCACGUCCAGCAGGCCGCGAAGGAGAAGACCGCGGACAUCAAGCAGGGGGUCGGCGCCUUUUCCCAGGAGCUCACCUUCGCGAAGGGCCAGGUCGCCCAGCUCGAGGAGGGCUCGCCAGCGAGGGAACGCCUCGAGGAGCUCGUCCGCGAGGUCCAGCAGAGAGUCGCGGAGCUGAACGCGAGGCUGGACGCGGCGCAGAGCAGCGCCACGGAGGCGCAGGCGUACUUCGGCGUCGGCGACGGCAAGAGCCUGCCCCCGCCCCCGGAGGAGCUCUUCGGGCACUUCGAGGCCUUCCUGGCGAACUUCGAGACCGCCUGGCUCGAGCUCGACAAGCACCCGUUCUUCAAGGAGCACUUUCGGCAGGCGCCCGAGGGCGCCGGCCCAGGCCGCGCGCGGACCAGCCGCCCGAAGGCCCUGUCGAGGAGGCGCACCGUGUGCGCGGAGCGUACGGGGGCCGCCCGGGAACCCGACGGUGGGGCCAAGAGGAAGUCCGUGCCCUUCAACGAGCUGGGCGGGCCCGCCGACGGCGCCGCCGGCGGCGCCGCCCGCAGCGCCACCGUGGACG